AUGAACGUCGCGCUGCAGGAGCUGGGCGGCGGCGGCAACAUGGUGGAAUACAAACGGACCACGCUGCGGGAGGAAGACGUACCUGAGACCCCCGUAGAGGGCGGGGCCUCCCCGGACGCUGUGGAGGUGGGCAAGGGGGUUCCCCCUUUCUCGCCAGGCCCCAGCCCUGACGUGACGCCUGGCAGACCCAGGAGCUCUGGGCUGACCUGGAGGGUCACCUGCCCCCACCUCAGCUUCAUCUCUGGCCUCUGCGCUAGAACUAUGGUGGGAUUCCGGAAGAGGACAAGAGACUUCCUGGGCUCCCACACCCCACUGGAGCUGGUCUUAGCAGCUGUCUCUCUGCUGCUGGCUGCGCUGCUCCUGGGCUGCUUGGUGGCCCUGGGGGUCCAGUACCACAAAGACCCAUCCCAUAGCACCUGCCUCACAGAGGCCUGCAUUCGAGUGGCUGGAAAAAUCCUGGAGUCUCUGGACCGUGGGGUGAGUCCCUGUGAGGACUUUUACCAGUUUUCCUGUGGAGGCUGGAUUCAGAGAAAUCCUCUGCCUGAUGGGCGUUCUCGCUGGAACACCUUCAACAGCCUCUGGGACCAGAACCAGGCCAUACUGAAGCACCUGCUUGAAAACACCACCUUCAACUCCAGCAGCGAAGCUGAGCGGAAGACACAGCGUUUCUACCUCUCCUGCCUGCAGGUGGAGCGCAUCGAGGAACUGGGAGCCCAGCCGCUGCGAGACCUCAUUGACAAGAUUGGUGGUUGGAACAUUACGGGGCCCUGGGACGAGGACAACUUCAUGGAAGUGCUGAAGGCAGUAGCAGGGACCUACAGGGCCACCCCCUUCUUCACUGUCUACGUCAGUGCCGACUCCAAGAGUUCUAACAGCAAUGUUAUCCAGGUGGACCAAUCUGGGCUCUUUCUCCCCUCUCGAGAUUACUACCUAAACAGGACCGCCAAUGAGAAAGUCCUCACCGCCUACCUGGACUACAUGGAGGACCUGGGGAUGUUGCUGGGCGGGCGGCCCGCCUCCACACGGGAGCAGAUGCGGCGGGUGCUAGAGCUGGAGGUGCAGCUGGCCAGCAUCACAGUGCCCCAGGACCAGAGGCGGGAUGAGGAGAAGAUCUACCAUAAGAUGAGCAUCGUGGAGCUGCAGGCCCUGGCGCCCUCCAUAGACUGGCUGGAGUUUCUGUCUUUCUUGCUGUCACCGCUGGAGCUGGGAGACUCUGAGCCCGUGGUGGUGUAUGGGACGGAUUAUUUGCAGCAGGUGUCAGAGCUCAUCAACCACACAGAGCCAAGCAUCCUGAACAAUUACCUGAUUUGGAACCUGGUGCAGAAGACAACCUCGAGCCUGGACCACCGCUUUGAGUCUGCACAGGAGAAACUGCUGGAGACCCUCUAUGGCACCAAGAAGUCCUGCAUGCCAAGGUGGCAGACCUGCAUCUCCAACACAGACGAUGCACUUGGCUUCGCUUUGGGCUCCCUCUUUGUGAAGGCCACGUUCGACCGGCAAAGCAAGGAAAUUGCUGAGGGGAUGAUCAGCGAGAUCCGGACCGCCUUUGAGGAGGCCCUGGGGCAGCUGGUUUGGAUGGAUGAGAAGACCCGCCAGGCAGCCAAGGAGAAAGCAGACGCUAUCUAUGAUAUGAUUGGUUUCCCGGACUUCAUCCUGGAGCCCAAAGAGCUGGAUGAUGUUUAUGAUGGGUAUGAAGUCUCUGAAGAUUCCUUCUUCCAGAACAUGUUGAAUUUGUACAAUUUCUCUGCUAAGGUGAUGGCUGACCAGCUCCGCAAGCCUCCCAGCCGGGACCAGUGGAGCAUGACCCCCCAGACAGUGAAUGCCUACUACCUUCCAACCAAGAAUGAAAUCGUCUUCCCUGCCGGCAUUCUGCAGGCCCCCUUCUACACCCGUAACCACCCCAAGGCCCUGAACUUUGGUGGCAUCGGCGUGGUGAUGGGCCAUGAGUUGACACAUGCCUUUGAUGACCAAGGGCGCGAAUAUGACAAGGAAGGGAACCUGCGGCCCUGGUGGCAGAACGAGUCCCUGGCGGCCUUCCGGAACCACACGGCCUGCAUGGAGGAACAGUACAGCCAGUACCAGGUCAACGGGGAGAGGCUCAACGGCCGCCAGACGCUGGGGGAGAACAUCGCUGACAACGGGGGGCUUAAGGCUGCCUAUAACGCUUACAAAGCGUGGCUGAGAAAGCACGGGGAGGAACAGCAGUUGCCAGCUGUGGGGCUCACCAAUCACCAGCUCUUCUUUGUGGGAUUUGCCCAGGUGUGGUGCUCAGUCCGCACACCCGAGAGCUCUCACGAGGGGCUGGUGACCGACCCCCACAGCCCUGCCCGCUUCCGCGUGCUGGGCACUCUCUCCAACUCCCGUGACUUCCUGCGGCACUUCGGCUGCCCCGUCGGCUCCCCCAUGAACCCAGGGCAGCUGUGUGAGGUGUGGUAGACCUGGGGCUGGGGAGAAAUAGCUCGCUGUUGCCAGGACCUGGGGCAGCUUGCCCAGCAAGGCUGUUUGCUCCAGGUUUAGAGAAGGCAAAUGUGGUAUGCCCUCCAUACCACAGGGGACAUGAGUCCUGGUCCUCCCUCAAACACCACAUUGUGCCUCUGCUUUGGGGGUACCCCCUGCCUCCAGCAGAGCCCCACCAUUCACUGUGACAUCCUUCCAUGUCACCCUGCCUGGAAGAGGCCUGGGGGGGAGGCAGGCAUCAGCUCCCACGGAAAGGAGUCUGCCUCUUCUAGUCCUAAGAUCACUUGACUUGGUGGCCUCGGGGCCUGCUGUGCCUGUCGCACUCGGACCACGCAGGGCCUGGGUGGUGUGCCUCCCAUACUUCUCUCUGAGGCCCGCUCAGUGCCCACUUGGGAGUGGACCCAGCCACUUUCAGCUCCACUCUCAGGGGCUACCCCCAACCCAUGUUCCUUAUGCUGCUUCUCCCAAUACUGCUGCCAACCCUCACUGACAGACCAGCUGUGCUCAGCUCCUAGUGGAAGCCUGAGGGCCUUUACAAGCCCACCUGCUGCCUCCCAGUUUCCCUGGGCUCAGAGGGGAACUAUGUAUGGUGUGUAUGUGAAGGGGA